UUCUCAAUUCGUUCAAAGCUUAUUCUGCCUCUCCAUCGAAGAACACGCCACUAUUCCAUGGUUCCGGACGAAGCUUCACAAUUUGAGACCAGCGAGAUGCUGGCAACGUUUCUGGCCUCGACGCCACUGUUGUCGGAGUCAUGGAGGCUGUGCAGCAUGGCAGCCACCGCGCCGCCGGGGAGUUUCGUGACGGAGCGAAGUGGCGGCGGCGUGGUGUAUGUUGCUUUUCCCGGCGUCCAAAUGGUGGUUGGGUCGGACUCUAGCUGGAGAAACUUGGUGCCAUUGGAUAGUAUCGGUGACGUGCCACUAUUCUCAUCGCAUCGAAACAAAGAAGGAAUUGGACCUGUGAUGGUACAUGCUGGGAUGCUAAAUCUCUUUUGGUCUUUUUUCAAGCCAUUCCAAAACCAGAUGUUGGCAAUAAUGGAAAAUAGCAACACCAAAUCAAUUGUUAUUACCGGCCAUUCAAUUGGAGGAGCCACUGCCUCUCUAUGUGCUCUUUGGCUUUUGUCUUACCUCCAACACAUACCUUCCUCUGUGUCUCUGUCAGUUUUGUGCAUCACUUUUGGUUCACCAUUGCUAGGUAAUGGCUCUUUUUCUCGUGCCAUUCUCAAAGAAAGAUGGGGUGGUAACUUCUGUCACGUGGUCUCAAAGCAUGACAUAAUGCCAAGGUUGCUCUUUGCCCCUAUAGUACCACACACUGCUCAGCUAAAUAACCUGCUUCAGGUUUGGCAAUUGUCUAUGACUGCUCCACACUUUGGGAAGCUUGCAGUUCAAAUUUCUGACAAACAGAAAGCUGAGUUGUUCAACUUUGUAAUGAGUUACUUGCAUGCAGCCACACAAAUGGGAGAAGGGUCAGUGCCAAUUAUGUUUCACCCAUUUGGGAGCUACUUUUUUGUUUCAGAAGAAGGAGCAGUGUGUGUGGAUAGUUCAACCACAGUUGUAAAGAUGAUGCAUUUGAUGCUUUUAUCAAGUUCUCCAGCUUGUAGUAUUGAGGACCAUCUAAAGUAUGGAGACUAUGUUAAUAAAUUGUCUUUGCAAUUUUUGAACCAGAAAAAUUCCAUGCAGGGAAACAUUCCUGAGUCAAGCUAUGAAGCAGGGCUUGAAUUGGCGGUUCAGUCUUCAGGGUUAGCAAACCAGGAAUCGGCUAUAGAACCUGCCAAGGAGUGCCUUAAGAUGACAAGGAGAAUGGGACCUUCACCAACCCAGAAUGCUGCUAGGCUAGCAGUUAGAUUAUCCAAGGUUGUACCUUACAGGGCCGAAAUAGAAUGGUAUAAAGCUUGGUGUGACCAGCAAAUUGAUCAAAUGGGAUACUAUGACUUGUUCAAGAGGAGGAGGGGCUUUUCAAAAAGGGACAUGAAAGUCAACAUGAAUCGUCGCAAACUUGCUAGGUUCUGGGACAAUGUAAUUGACAUGAAAGAGAGAAAUGAGUUGCCUCAUGAUUUUGAAAUGCGAGCUAAAUGGGUCAAUGCUUCACAUUUCUAUAAACUCCUGGUUGAGCCAUUGGAUAUUGCAGAAUAUUAUGGGAAGAGGAUGCACACAACCAAGGGCCAUUACAUUAAGCAUGGUAGAGAGAGGAGAUAUGAGGUUUUUGAUAGGUGGUGGAAGGAUACAAUGGUCACUGCUGAAGAAAAUAAUGAGAGGAGCAAGUUUGCAAGUUUGACACAAGAUUCUUGUUUUUGGGCAAGGGUGGAGGAAGCAAUGGAUUGGUUGAAUGGUGCUAGAAGUGAGAGUGACACAAGCAAGCUGGCUGUGUUGUGGGAUCACAUUGAGAAAUUUGAAAAGUAUGCGAUGAAACUUAUUGAAAAUAAGGAGGUAUCCCAAGAUGUUCUCGCUAAGAACUCAAGUUAUAGUAUAUGGGUGGAAGAUUUAAAAGAACUUAGGGAACUCAAAGCAAAGGUGAAGAGGUUUCCACACAACUUUGCCCGGGAAGUAGUUCCUAAGUGAUUUUGAGUAAAAUCAAUAAAUAAGCUUAACGAUGUGUAAUAUGUCUAUGAACUGCUCGUUUGCAAAAAUAACAUGUUUGGU